GGAAGACUUGAAAAUGUUCCCACGUUUUCACUGCGCAAGUGUGUGUUGCACGUUUGUGUGAAAUUCUUAAGUAAGAAGAUGAACGCCCAGGCGCAAGAACACGGUCAUGCUGUUGUUGUGUGGGAAUGGGAAAAUCGUCACGGACGAUGGAGACCUUAUAGUCCUGCGGUAUCGCAACAUCUUGAAAGAGCGCAUUGCAAAAAACUUACUCGAGUUUUUCUAAAUGAUGCAGAUCCAAAUUUGGAUAGGUAUUAUAUAAAUUUAAAAACUAAAACACAAUGUAGUGAAGAUAGUGAUGAAACUCAUAACGUUAGAAGAAAAUUUUAUCUUCCAAGUUCACCAGCUGGAAAAGGAGCUAAAUGGGAAUGGGCUGGUGAUACAGAUGAUUGGCAUACAUAUGAUAUGGAAGUUCAAUGCUUUAUAGAAGAAGCAUGGGCGAGAGGUGAUAAAACCAUUGACGUUUCUAAGACAUAUUUAGGUUUUCCUUAUAUUAUAAAUUUUUGUAAUUUAACUCAAGUACGCUGUUGUACUGGGUACGUAAGGCCAAUACGACGAAUUCAACAAGCACCUUAUCCUUUAGUCAAAGUUGCUUUAGAAGAAUUACAGGUUAUUUCUGAAAAGAAGGUGACAUCUACAGCUGUUAAAAAUUUAACUACAAAAAUUACACAUAAAAAGUCAUCUACAGGAAAUACAAAAAAGAAUAAUAAGAAGGGUAAAAGUGGAGAUACUGGUCCAUCAAAUAUAGCACGUGUUAUUUUGAGUAAUUUUAAUAUAUUUAGUAAUAAACAUGGAGUAGAAAAUAAUAAUUCAAUUACAACUAUUGAAUCUGGACAAAAAAGGAAAACUUGGGAUAGUGCAUUGGAUGUAGAUUCUAGUAGUACAAAGAGUGGGCGAAGACCAAGUGUUGAUACAGUUUCUACAUAUUUAAGCCAUGAAAAUCCAAUAGAUUUAUUAGACAGUAGUGUAGGAAGUGAUGAUGCUUUUAAAGAUUCUAUCUUGGGUGUAGACACUGAGUCUGAUGUUAUUUCUCAAUAUGUAAAAGUAGUAGAAAGUGAUAAUUGUGAUUCUUGUCCUGUGUGUCUUGGUAUGCCAGAACCAUUAACAGUAGAGUUGACUCGCUGUAAGCAUAGAUUACAUUUAGCAUGUUUGAAUGCAAUGCUCAGUUGUCAACAACCUCCUAUGUACAUACAGUGUCCUGUUUGUCGUUUAAUUUAUGGAGAGAAAAGAGGAAAUCAACCUCUUGGAACUAUGAAUUGGACAAGAAUACCUCGAGCACUGCCUGGUUUCCCAAAUACAAAUACGAUUCAGAUAACUUAUGAUAUUCCAUCAGGAAUUCAAGGAAAUGAACAUCCCAAUCCUGGUCAAGCUUAUUAUGCUGUAGGUUUUCCACGAAUAUGUUAUCUUCCAGAUAAUAAUUUAGGCCGUAGAGUUUUAAGACUACUACAAAUUGCAUUUGAACGAAGACUAAUAUUUACAAUUGGACGGUCGGUAACAACUGGGAGAGAAGAUGUAGUAACAUGGAAUGAAAUUCAUCACAAGACUGAGUUGGGACCAUCAACAACUGGUCAUGGUUAUCCUGACACAAGUUACCUUGAAAGAACAUUAGCUGAAUUAGCAGCUCAAGGUGUAACAGAUGGGCAUUCAUCACCUACACUGUAUCAAGAAUUACAAUGA